AUGACGGCUCGAGGACACGCGCUGCGCAUAGCGCUCAUGGCGGCGCUGUUGCUGAUCACGUGCCCGCUCCCGGCGUGGGGCGCCAAGGCUGCCGCGAAGGGCGCGAUCCCGUCGACCAAGCGCGAGCGCAAGGAGGCGUUCGUCUCGGGCAACGACGGCACCACCUUCACCGAGGUCUCCGCGAUCGUCGCGAUCGUCCCGCUCGGCGCCGCCGCCAGACGGGCGUUCGACGUCGCGCGAGGUAUCAGGACGAACGCCAAGGGCGAGACGAUCGACGGAUCGGGCGCGAAAGUCACGAGCGCCACGCACGGCAUCGUCGCGGACUUCGUCUUUCUCGUCGCGCCCGCCGUCGCGGCGAUGAUGUCCCCGGAGGUUGGCAUGCCCGCGGCCGCCGGGAUCCUCUCGCUGGUCCUGCACGUCGGCUUCCGUUCCAUCGCCAAGCGGGACGACUGGUCCUUCCCCGACGGCGUUGCUUCGACGUUCGGUGACGAGUCCAAGGCUCACGCGCCUCGGCCGUACCUCGCCGCGUACAGAGCCGCCAUGACGCUCGCCACCGCCUGCGCCAUCCUCGCGAUCGACUUUCACGCGUUUCCCCGCCGGCUGGGUAAGACGCGGCACCACGGGAUCGGGUUGAUGGAUGUCGGGAGCGGGUCGUUCGUGCUGGCCAACGCGCUGGUGUCCAGGGAGGCGCGGGGGGUCCCGCCCACUAAGGAGUGCCACUUCGGCGUCGAGCCGUACUGCCUCGGGUACAACCUGGUGGUUGCGCUUCACAACACGCUGCCUCUGCUCAUCUGCGGCACGGUGCGAGCGGUCGCGGUGUACGCGUUCGACUACCAGCAGCCGGUGGAGGAGUACGGCGUGUACUGGAACUUUUUCUUCACCCUCGCGGCGGUGUGCGCCGCCGGUCAGCUCGUCAAGAUCCCGCCCAAGUUUUCCGCCCUCGCGGGCGUGCUCGUCCUCGCGGCGCACCAACACUUCCUCACGAACCGGGGGAUCGGGGAGUUCAUUCGCGGCGACGCGAGGGGCGACGACUGGCAUCUGCUCAACAAGGAGGGCGUGUUCUCGCUCCCGGGCUACUACGCCCUCUACCUCAUGGGGGUGGGCGUGGGUAACCUCCUGGAGCGGUCCGUCCUGGCGCUACACGACGUCCGAACGUCCGAACAACCGUCAGACAAAGCGUCGAAGCCUUCGCGGCACGGCAAGGCCGGGGACAAGUGGGCGUGGCAGUGGCUGUUGAGGCUGGGCAUACUCGCCGGCUGGUUCUGGGGCGCGGCGCUGGCGUGCCACCUAUACGUGGAGCCCGUGAGCAGACAGUCCGCGAACGCGGCGUACGUGCUCUGGAUGAUGGCGUUUAACACUCAGACCCUUUGCGCCUUUGUGUUUGGCGCUCUGCUCUUCCCGAGCGCUUUCGGUCGCACCGCGAAGCUGCUCGACGUGUGCAACAGGAGGCUGCUCGUGGUGUUCCUGGUCGCGAACGCCAGCACGGGGAUCGUGAACGUCUACACGGACACGAUGGAGAUGACCGACGUCGAGGCGUGGGUGGCGGUGUUUGUCCACAUGGCGGCGACGUGCGCAGCCGCCGUCGCCGUCGACUUCCUCCUCGGCUCUCUCAAGGGGAAGGUAAAGGCGGAGUGAUGA